AUGGACGAGAAAUCCGCCUACCCUCGCUAUCCCAAGGUCUCCUUAGGCCAAGCCAUUGCGAUCGGGCUUGGGGCUGGCGCUGUCGGUGCGACCAUAAUGACGCUGUCCAACAAACUCGAACAAGCUGUCACCUACCGGCCGAACUCCUACGUGCCUGGCCACACGACCGGUGCCCUCCUCAACAUUCCCCGUGACCGCCAUCCCGACGUCCUCAACCAAGUCCAUCACUACGGCAUGGGGAUCGUGACGGGACCCAUCCGCGCCUUGAUGGCCUACUAUGGCGUCAUCGGUCCCUUUGCAUCGUUCCUCUUCACGGGACUGAGGAUUGCGGCGGAUCAGGUGGUGGAGAAUGCGGCAGGGACAUCGGCGCUACCGUGGACGUGGCCCAUCAACGAGCAGGUUAUCGAUCUGCUCCAUAAGGGUGUCUUUGCGCUUAUGACGGGGUACAUCUGUGAUAGGGCGGUGAGGGGUGUGGACUGGUUUAAUAGAUAA